AUGCCGUAUUGGGUGUUCGGUUAUGGAUCGCUCAUUUGGAAGCCUCCGCCCCAUGCUGUUGAAAGAGUGCCUGGAUACAUUGUAGGUGCUGUCCGGAGGUUUUGGCAGUCAUCUAAUGACCACCGAGGCACGCCAGAGAACCCUGGAAGGGUUGUUACCUUGGUUAGUCUAGAGUACUGGCAGUCCCUUCAUGAUCCACAUCCGUAUGGCCAUGACGAUGUUGUUUGGGGAGUUGCCUACCGAAUUGAUCCAGCAAAAGAAGAGGAGGUGAAGGAACUACUGGAUUACCGUGAAAAAAAUGGCUACGUCGAUAUUGAUAUUGAAUUCCAUCCUGCAUCGGAGGCACCGGCUUUCAGCACAAAAGUAUAUAUUGGCACUCCAGAUAACGAGGCAUUUGUGGGUCCGCAGGAUCCUGAAGAGCUGGCUGCGCAUAUCGUGCGGUCGCAUGGACCCAGCGGCCCGAAUAUUGAAUAUUUAUACCAUCUAGGGGUUGCCCUGGAUGAGCUGCAUACUGAUGCCAAGGACCCGCAUAUCGCUGAUCUUAUUACUAGAGCUAAACGCAUUGAGAGCGAAAUACAUUAG